AGGGUGAUAAGGAUAAAUUCAAGGCUAAGGAAGCUGGAUGCAAUACCGUUUUGCGGUACAGCCUCUUUGAAAGCCCAGAGAAAGGAGAAGACGGUGGCUGUUGUUUGUUUUGGCUUGGCUUGGGUUUGUGCAAAAUUUUCUCUCGAUUUUAGCUUGACAUUUACAAAAACCGGAAAAACGGAUGCGAUGGAGUGGCAAUUCGUAAUACCCCAGACAAGCGCCGAACUUCUGCGAUCGGAUAAAAACCACUAUUGCGUUGGGCGGGUUCUCGAGCCCGCCGAAGUUCCGGAUGCGCUGAAGGCUGCUCGUCUCGGAUUGGCGGAUAAUUUCGGAAUAUUCGAUCAUUUCGAUACGUUCUAUUCCGUUAUCGAUAACUGCAAAAAACUUACCGGCACGCAGCUGAUUCGCGCCUAUGACCAGCUCUACGGAGCAAUCGACAACCUUGGCAAAUCCUUGGCGGAGAUGCUAUCGCAAAAAGAAAUCGAUCAGGCAGAUCGGCUGGCAUGCUUGAACGCAGUGAAAAUGUUAGCUUUUCUGAUGAACGGAUUAGUGAAAGCAAUUGAUGCGCACGUAAACUCCAACAGUGACAAAAUGCCAAAAAAAGGCAAAAAGCAAAUGAACGACCAGGCAGAAGCGCUAGACUGGGAUGAAAAGCGCUACCAGUGCAUUGUUCAGAUGUACAAUUUGAUGCAGCUGCCGCUGGAAAAGCUGUGGGAUCCUCCUGUUUGCGAAGAAUCGUUUGUGGAUAUUGUAUGUGAUAUCUGCUACCGAACACUGGAGCAACAGUAUGCCCGUAUUCGUGGCACAGCAGACAGUGUUUUCCAAAUUCUCGGUACUGCCAUAAAACGGUACAACCACUCGUUGUCGUUCCCAGUUAGAAUAUUGCAAAUACUCGAGCACGUAGAAGCCUCGAUCUCGCCGAUCGCUGCGGGUGUUCUGCUGCUGUACGAAGAGUUCGGGAUUGUAACCAUUUACCCGGUUAUAAUCAAGGAGAUUAUCGAACGGCUUAGCGCAGACGCAGCCGAUGUACAGACGGCACGUUUCUUUAGCCAGUUCUUGGUAGAAUUGGGUAUGUCGGCACCGAAACUAAUAAUACCCCAUCUAUCGACAUUAAGCGAAGAGCUGCUGAACUUGGAAUCCUACACACUACGCAACUGCGUUCUACAGAUUAUGGGGGAAGCUAUUGUAUGUGAGUUGACUUCGGAAGACUUGACUGACGAUUUGAAGGAAACUCGUGACGAGUUUCUCGAAGAUCUUCUUAAUCACAUGAUGGACGUGUCCGCACACGUGCGCUCAAAAGUUUUGCAAAUCUGGCUGCAGUUGAAGGAACGUAAUGCGGUUCCUUUAUCGUGGAUUCAUAAGGUUCUUCAGGUCGCCGUUGAGCGUCUUCAGGACAAAGCUUUGCUAGUUAGAAAGCAGGCGAUUGCCCUAAUUAAAGCAUUCCUUGAACACAAUCCUUUUUCCGCCAAGUUGUCUCUAGAGGAAUUGAGGGCACAGUACGAAGUGGAAGAUAAAAAGUUCCAAGAGGUUCGCAAUAGACUGGUGGAUCAGGACACAAAACUAAAAACACUGGAAGAGCAAUGGGAGGAUAUGGUAGUGCAAAUGUAUCCCACGAUUUCCGAACUGUUUCAAAAAGAACCGGAAGAUAUUGAAACCAGCACAGAAGCGGAUGUGAAGGCAUUAGCUGGCAAUAUUGUAUCACUGUUGAAUGAUAGCAAUUACACAGAGCUGGUAAGACUAGCGCAACGAGCAGAUUUUGCGCUGGGAAAUCGCGAAGAACGAAAGGAAAUGAAUCUGGAGCACCAGUGCAUGUACUACAUAACGCUAUUGAAAAGUUAUUUCAUUCAUAGCCACACCGAUCCCAACUUGAAUGAAGAGUUCCAACAGGUUGAGAGCUCUGUAAACUUUCUACACGAUUCCAUUGGUUUCUCGGAGCUAAUCUCGGAUGCGAUACCUAAGAUCCUCGAAAUGCUGAUGUCCAAAGCCCAAUCAGACGUGCACGGAGCAAUCGAUUUUUUCACAUCAGCCUACUUGUUCGGGAUAAAAGGCACUGAACAAGGAAUGCAGCAAAUGCUGUUUCUCGUCUGGUCUUCAGAAAAGGAGAAACGUGAAAAUGUCACAGCAGCUUACAAGCGCGUUUUGUUCGAAACGAAUCUCCAAGGAAGAGCUCACACCGUUAAGGUGGUGCGUAAUUUGUGCCAGUUUUUGACCAAUCUUACAUGCGGACAUUACAUGGCCAUGGAGGUGCUCGUUCAGGAGUGGGUUGAAGCAGGUGACAUUGACGCGCAGAUGGUGCAGGUGCUAUUUGAGAUAUACACACUGAAGCUGGAGAAUGUGAACGAAAAUGAUGCACGCCAAGCACUCCAGCUUUUGGUGAUGAUAUCGGCCGCAAAACCAUCAGUCGUUACGGCAAACAUGCAAAUUUUGGAGAAGAUCGGACUAAGUGAGAGAGGCCGUAAAGAUCCGAGAAUAUUCGUUGCUACACUAACAUUGUUUAUGAACUCUGUCCCGUUACCUACAAAUUCAUCGAAAUAUUACAAACGCUUCGACCACAAUGCUCCUGUAGUGCAAACCGUGCUCGACCUUUUCCAAAAGCUUUUCUUUUGCGCUAAGGUCGAAAACUAUGAUGAGAUUGGGACCAAAGUGUUUGACUUUAUCUACAAACUAGUAAAAGCACCUGAUAGUCUAUCACAUAGUCUGAUGGUAUCCCUUUUCGAAAAACUGCAAAAAGUAAAUCAAGAUAAUCAGCAAGUAAAGCAAGAAGUCCAUCGCUCAGAAGGAAGCCAGAUUCCAGGUGCAACACAAUUAGAUCAAAGCAACCAGCAAGGAGUGAACGCUACUAAGCUUCUGUUAACUCUACCAAACUUCCUUGCGGCGCGAUUUAUUUUUACGGUCGGAUACGUGGCGAUGAGAGAAAUGAUUUAUCUUGAUAUCGAUGUGUACAACAACAUGAAGUAUCGACAGGAACUGAAGGAGGAGCUAAAAAACGAGAAGAAAAAAACCGCUGCUCUGAAUAGUACCAGAAUCACGGCAGCUACACCGUCUAGUGUCGGUGCUAACAAACGCAAAACACAAUCGCUCGAUGUGUCCGCAAGCAACGCACUGAAACGAUUAUCUGGUUCUACGGGGGCUAAUGGUGCAGCAAAUGGCGAACAAAACGAACCCGAGGAAGAAUUGUUAAGCGGAGCAACGGCGGAGGACACAGUAGCAGAAGAAAUUAAUCACAUUUGUGAGCAUGAGAUGCUAUUCGCUACUGGUAGUCUAUUAAAUCAAUUGAUACCAACUAUACUGGAGGUAUGCCAGCAUCCGAAACGAUAUCGGAACGAGUUACUACAAAAGUCUGCCGUCCUUACACUGAUUCGACUAAUGAGCGUGUCAUCGAAGUUUUGCGAAGAUCAUAUCCCGUUUCUAAUGAACAUUUUUCAAACCACUAAAAACACGAGCAUCAAGUGUAACAUCGUUAUCGGUCUUUCGGAUUUUACUUUCCGCUUUCCGAAUGUGACAGAAUCCUGGACGAGCCACAUGUACGCCACACUUUAUGAACAGGACGCAGAGUUGCGUCUCACUGCGGUGAAGAUGUUGUCGUAUCUUAUCCUGCACGAAAUGAUUCGCGUGAAAGGGCAGAUAUCGGAUUUGGCACUGUGCAUUGUCGAUAAAGUUCAGGAGAUUCGCACUAUAACGGAGCAAUUUUUCAAGGAGAUCGCCAACAAAUCCAAUAUCUUGUACAACGUGCUGCCAGACAUAAUCUCUCGGUUAAGCGAUCCUAACUUGCAGUUAGAGGAAGAAAAAUACCACAUCAUUAUGCGCUACAUCAUCGGGUUGAUCAACAAGGAUAAGCAGAUCGAAAGUUUGGUGGAGAAGUUAUGUCUGCGUUUCCGCGUCACAAACGAUGUGCGCCAAUGGCGAGAUAUCGCAUUCUGUUUGUCAAUGCUUUCGUACAACGAGAAAACAAUCAAGAAGCUUUCGGAGAACGUGGGAUGCUUCAAAGAUAAGGUGCAGCAUGAUGAAAUCUAUCAAUCCUUCAAAACGAUCAUCAGCAACACCAACAAAUUGGCGAAGGCAGAGCUAAAGAGUGCUGUAGCAGAAUUCGAAACACGUUUGAAUGAGUGUCUAGAAGUGAACGAUGCAAUAGGGGACGGCGCUGCAUCGGAAGACCAGGAUAGCGACAUAGCAACAAAUUCGUCAUCUUCUCUCGCGGUGGCUUCGGGAAGAGGACGCAACAAAACUACCAAAAGUUCGCGCCAAGGAGGAUCUGUGUUGAAAUCGGCUAAAAAGGGGAAACCUCCCGUUCGCGGACGUCGGGGAACACGCAGCAAACAAGUGUCAUCGGAAGAGGACAGUGACAGCGAGGAAGAGAACCUGCCACCAGUCGCAAGUUCACGGGCGGCCGCUCGGGCACGACAAAACUUGAAGAUUACUAAGAUAAUCGAGAGUGACAACUCAGACAUCGAACCUGACGCUAGGCACAAAAAGCAAAAAAUGCUAGCCGUAAAUUAGCCCCAGGGACUGUAAAGAGAGACUGACCUAGAGCCUAGGAAGUAGGACACAUGUUCGCUGCUCUAUGUCCAUAGAAUUGCACGUGCCAUUCCUGCGAGUGAGCGCACUGGAGCACCGUUCAGAGAUUGCGAAUGGCUUUUACCCUCAUAGAUCCGCAGAUCACGAUGAAUCUCCUUGUACCAAUUUUCUUUUGUGACAAAUAUAUGAUGCUUCAUGCUUUCAUGCAUCCUUGCAGCGGUAAAGAAAAUAUGAAAGUACGAGCUCAUCGUGAUCAUCGCGAUAGAAAGUGUAUCUUUCUGACACUGUAAUAAGCAUUAAACAUAAGACUUGCUGAUAAUUCUAGUUCAGGAGCUUUUGAAACAUGGGAAAGAAAUGAAUGUCGCGAAUUCAAUCGUACCGUGAACCGUGGCUUUUGUUCGUUGAACUUUACGCACCGAUUUGCAAUCGUUCGAAGUUUUCGCUGGCGAACUGUACGCUAUUGCCACUCUAUUGCUAGAGAGAGUAGUCAUUGUUACUUGUUACUAUUUAUUUUUUCUCUU